UUUGGGAAGUAACGGAAAUGGAAAAUAUGAGAAAGCAGGUAAACGGAAAUGUCAUCACUACUCCGUCGGAGAAAAGCUUUACUCUCCAUUUACUCUUGGAGUAAUGGUUAUGCCACCGAGUCAAAACGGAGAGGACUCACAUCGGUGCCUCCCAUCGAGGUUGGGUUUACAGAGUCAGCCGGUCGAGGUGUGUUUGCCACUCGGAGAAUCGGUGCUGGCGAACUCAUCCACACUGACAAACCCAUCCUCUCUCACCCUUCUCUUUCUUCACUUCAUAGCGUCUGUUAUUUCUGCCUAAAAAAUGUAGCAUCAAAUCUUCCCUUUUGUAGUGACGAGUGUAGACAACAAUCCAAGAUUUUUUACGACACAGAAAAGCAAGCAGAUUGGUCACGCUUUCAUGAAUACUGCCGAACUCAAGGCCUAAAGUAUCCGCUUCUGGUCAAGAGAUUGGCUUGCACGAUUAUAUCUGGAGCGGCCACUCCAGAAACUCUGGACAUACUUCAGCCAGCAACAUUAUCUUCCGAAAUGAUUUUACGGAUGGAGAAGGCAUAUCAGCUACUGAGAAGCACAUUUGAAGAUGCAGGGUUCACAGAUGAGCAGAUUGCAUUUUUGUCAAAAAAAUGGUAUAUUGAUGUAUUGGCACGUAUCCGUAUCAAUUCUUUUCGGAUUGAAUUGGCCUUGGGAUCAUAUGAAGAUAUCCUUUUAUCAGCAGCAGCAUCAGUAGAAGCAGAGGCUGCAGUUGGAAAUGCUAUUUAUAUGCUAACAUCAUUUUAUAAUCAUGACUGUGAUCCCAAUGCACACAUUCUGUGGAUAGAAAGUGUGAACGCAAAAUUGAAGGCUCUUCGUGAUAUUGAAGCAGGGGAAGAGUUGAGGAUAUGCUACAUUGACGCAAGCAUGGAUCAUGAUGCUCGGCGCACUAUCCUUUCUGAAGGGUUUGGUUUCGAUUGCAGAUGUGCUCGAUGUAUGUCUAAUGACUAGACAUUAGCAGAUCAAGGUUAUCUGCAUUCUACAGCUUCCGAUAGAACAAUGUCUAAUAACAUUGAUACAUCUAGGACCAUGAUAAACAAAAUAAUUAUUUUAUUUUUGAUAAGUGAUAAAUGGUACAGUUGAUAAUAAAUUACUUUUAUAUAUCCAUGCAACAUUGUUUA